ACACAUGCAACGUCGUCGUUUAGGCUCGGUCGGCGAUUCGGCGCCACCAUCCGAAUCCUCCGAGGGUACGAAUUCAUCCGAACAGAAUGAGCUGAUGAUCAAUCCCGAUUGGUCGGCACACUCACACACCUCGUCGGUACAUACGCACACAAACACGCACACCACUGCAUCAUCGACGAACAACACGAAUACAGCAAAUAAUCACAACAGCACAUAUUUCGUUGGCUCCGAUGUGGACGCCGACACGCUAAGCAUCGAUACAACGAGCAAUUCAAAUCUCUCCGAGUAUGAGCGCGGUCAAGUGGAGAGCUUUUUCGGCGGUUUGGGUACCGAUAUUUUCGUCUGCUCAUCGCUGGCCAAUCUAUAUGAAGGCACCGGCAAAGAGGGUGAUUGGCGUCUCGUCUUCACCGGCAUACCAGUCGUUUUACAUGAUCGUGGCAGCGCGCGCUCACGCGCCACAUCACGUGUCACAUUGGUGUUGGCCGAACGUGGCUCAUGUUUUGCACUCUGGUCAGAUCGCAUUGAUAAUUUGUCCAAUUAUCGUUUCGCCGGUCCAUCCUUUCACACGAUGUGCCUCUCAACGAAUCAUCAACAGCUGAUUGGCUUCAGUUUCGAUUCAACCGAUUCGGCUUGCGAACUCUAUCAUCACAUUGAGAAGCUGGUGAGUGAUCCGGAAAAUAUAGCGCUCUCACUGCCGGGCAAGAAGAAGAAGCUAAAGCAGAAGCGUGUCAAGCCAGCGCCAUUGCCGCCCAAAUCGCAAAUCUCGCAACCAUGUCAAUUCCAGCAUGUCACGAGCGUUACGAAGGACGAUACGGAUCGGUACUAUAGCAUGCAAGCCUUUGCGCCACAGUCGCUGAAGCACCGUUGAGCGUAGGUGGAAAGUGAGAAGUGUAGUAGCCAUAACCUUACAUGCAUAAUAUAUGUAUGUAUAUAUGUAUGUAUGUAUAUAAGUAAAUUCAUAUAUUAGUGUUAUAAGCAGUUCGUGUGGCGGUGCUUAGGCGCGACGCAGCGACGUCAAUACGUGAACUUAGUCGUUAAGUGAACUUUUAAAAAUCCAACUUUUUAUUACUUAAUAUUAUGUGAAGGAAAUAUGAUAGCGAGCAGCAUAUUCAAACUGUUUGAAAGUAGCCAAAAUCAAUAAGCCGACCUUUGUAUCUUUCUACGCGCCUGCAACCCGGACAUUUUGUGUAAUAAAUAAAUAAAUCAAAUAAAUAAAUAUUUAAUAUUUACAUUUGUAUAUGUAUGUUAGUUGGAAUUUGCGUGUUGCAUAAGCAUGUUUAUCUGUGAUAUAGACAAAAAUCCAUUUUAUAUACAAUUAUGCUACACGAAAAAAAGAAUGUGAGGAAAGUAGGUUUUCUUUAAGAAUUUGUUACAAGUAAAACUUUACAGACAGAUAAAUAUACUUAGCUGAAGAAUUAUGCUUAGAAACUAAGUAAGAGAUCGUUUGAGGUGUACAGCGAUGUUUUAGCGACAUGAGCGUCUCCACUGUAUAUCCGGGGUAACAAAUUGUAGUAAAAUCCGUCAUUAUUAAACUAAGGCUUAAGACACGUUAAAGUUAUAUAAAAAGUAGUCACCGUUGUCAAACGUUUUAUGAGUAAGUAAGGGUUAGUUAAGUUAAGUGAAAAAAAUUAUAAAAAAUAAACAUUUAAACAAAUAAUUGAUAAUAUAUUGUAAGCACGUUC